GGAUCUCCAGUCUGUGCGCAUUGGUGCUCACUUGACGGGAGGGGGGUGCGCAUCUCACCGACCGGGAAUACCGAUUUCUGAACAUUUCGGCCUUUUUCUCCCCGCUGCACCGUGAAAGCUGUGUGUUUGUUUCUGCGAAGCGGCUGCAAAGUGGAGGUGGAGGAGGAGAGAGAGAGAGCUGGGUUGUUGUUGGUUUUUUUUUUUUUUUUUUUUGCAUCGGCGUCGCGGCGUCAAAGUGAAAGAUUAACAUCGGUCAUCAGUGUUAUGACAAACGGAGAUGACACACAUCCAGAAGGAGCCGUGUUUGUUUUGUAUGGCGAAAUGAGGCAGGGGGUGGAGAGUCGCCACAGAGACGCUGGGCUCCGGCCAAACAUCACCGCAUUUUAGCAGCUUCUUACUCGAUGCUCCGGGUUUGCAUUGCAUUGCAUUCGCUGCAUCGUUGAUCGUAUUUUUUUUUUUUUUUUUUUGCAAAGUGCAUGGUGGAAAAUGCAGCUUGUUUGAGGACACCCCCCUCCUCUCCUCUCUCCUCUCCUCUCCUCUCCAGAUAUCCAUUGCUGCCAUGAUAGGCAGAGGUCUCCUCUCGACCGCGGCUCGGCCGGUUGGAGAAGAGGCAGAUUGAUUUUGGGGGACGGUGGGUCAACAUCUGCGGAUGUUAUUGUGUCUGUUGGAGCCUGUAAAUAUCAUCCGCGCAUACACACCGUGAUUCUUAACUCAGGGAAAAAAAAAGAAAAAAGAGAGAAGGAAGAUAGAAAACAACAUGUCUUCUCGAUCUGCAUUACCGUCUGGAAACGACAGGAGUACUGGAGACCAUCAUGUGUCGCUGGGGGCCAGCCGCUCAGACAAGGCCACCAGCCAAUCCAGCCGCUCGCUGGGCGCCCGGUGCAGGAACUCCAUCGCCUCCUGCUCUGACGAGCAGCCGCACAUUGGCAACUACCGUCUGCUCAAGACCAUAGGCAAGGGAAACUUUGCCAAGGUCAAGCUGGCCCGCCACAUCCUGACGGGCAAGGAGGUUGCAAUAAAAAUCAUUGACAAAACUCAGUUGAACCCAACCAGCCUACAAAAGCUCUUUCGGGAGGUACGAAUAAUGAAAGGCUUAAAUCACCCUAACAUAGUGCAGCUGUUCGAGGUGAUUGAGACUGAUAAGACCCUUUACCUAAUCAUGGAGUACGCCAGUGGAGGUGAAGUGUUUGACUACCUCGUGUCUCAUGGGAGAAUGAAGGAGGUUGAAGCCAGAGCCAAAUUUCGACAGAUCGUUUCCGCUGUCCACUACUGCCACACGAAGAACAUUGUCCACAGAGAUUUGAAGGCGGAGAACCUUCUGCUGGAUGCCGACGCCAACAUAAAGAUCGCCGACUUCGGCUUCAGCAACGAGUUCACGCUGGGCAACAAGCUGGACACGUUCUGUGGCUCGCCGCCCUACGCUGCCCCCGAGCUUUUCCAGGGCAAGAAAUAUGACGGGCCCGAGGUGGACGUCUGGAGUCUCGGAGUCAUCCUCUACACACUGGUCAGCGGAUCGCUGCCCUUUGAUGGGCAGAACCUGAAGGAGCUGAGGGAGCGCGUGCUGAGGGGAAAGUACCGCGUCCCGUUCUAUAUGUCCACAGACUGUGAGGGGAUCCUUCGCCGAUUCCUGGUGCUCAACCCCACCAAACGCUGCACCCUAGAGCAAGUCAUGAAGGACAAGUGGAUAAAUUCAGGGUACGACGGGGACGAUCUGAAGCCCCAUAUAGAACCUGUUGAAGACUACAGUGAUCCAGCUCGCAUCGAGGUGAUGGUCGGGAUGGGUUUCACUCCAGAGGAAAUCAAGGACUCUCUGCUCAAUCAGAAGUACAAUGAGGUCACCGCCACCUACUUACUCCUGGGCCGCAAAGGCGAUGAAGGCAGUGAGGCUCGCACAGCUAGUACCCUGUCCCUGGCGAGGGUACGACCCAGCCCCAUCACCAACGGGACCAACAAGCACUCCUCAGCCACUGGCUCCUCUUCCUCCUCCACCUCCUCCUCACAUAGCAAGACCCAGCGCAGUGCCUCCACCUACCACAGGCAGCGACGGCACAGCGACUUCUUCCUCCACAAUAAAGGCGGGCCCUCCAUGCCCGUCAUGCACCCCAAACGGAGCCCGACCAGCACGGGAGACCGGGAGCUGCGGGAGGGACGAAUGCCUUCACGUAAGGCCAGCUGCAGCGUGAUGGGGAGCCACAGCCUCCCUCCGUCCAGCCCGAUGGUCAGCAGUGCCAACAACCCCAACAAGUCUGAGAUCCCAGACCGCCGCAAAGACAUGACUGCCACCACGAAUAACAUCCCUGGAAGCACCAUGACACGCCGGAACACGUACGUGUGCACGGACCGCUCGGGCGCCGACAGACAUUCUCUUCUGCAGAACGGCAAAGACAACAGCUCCCUGGGCCACCGCAUACCUGCAGCGUCUCCCUCCACGCUCAGCAUCGCCGGAGCCGGAGCCGCCUCCUCCUCUUCCUCCUCGGACAGAUGCCGCCUGACCCGCGGCUCCACAAUCCGCAGCACCUUUCACGGGGGUCAGCUGAGGGACCGUGGACCACCGGUGUACUCGGCGCCACCCACUUCACCCACCUUGUCCCACCAUGACGCCAGCCCUCUGCCACACGCCCGCACCAGGGCAACCUCCAACCUCUUCACCAAGAUAACCUCGAAACUCACUCGCAGGGUCACAAAUGAAUCUGAGGGAAUCAGGAGAUUUGCGGUCACAAGUUGCCAUCUACCUGGGUAUCAAAAAGCGUCCGAGCCCCGGGCCGUCGGACGUGGCUGGGAUCUGAGAGGUGGUGGGCGGCGGGACCCUGCGGAGGUGGUACUGGCUCUGCGGGAGGCGGCGCUUGGAUGUGGCUGCCAGGUCCACCAUGCCGGCCCCUUUCUGCUCUCCUGCACCCACGGCGUGGCAGGGGGCCGCGUGGCUUUCGAGGCCGAGGUGUGCCAUCUUUCCACAGGCACCUCCGAGACUUCUAAUGGGGUGCGCUACACGCGACUCUGGGGGGCACCGCUAGCUUUUCGGGACAUUGCCACCCAAAUCUCUAAGGACCUUGAACUUUGAAACCGGAGGGGUGUGUGUGUUUUUUUUUGUUGUUUUUUUUGCGUAGCGGUGUGUGUUUUUGUGUGAGUGAGUGUUGAUGUGUGUGCGCCCAAAAAACAAGGGAAGGGGGGUGGAAAUAAUUGACAAAAAAAAAAAAAAUGAGCAGAGAAGGGGCGAGGGGCUGGACCCGAGAGAAAAGACUUCUCCUUCUGUCUCUUUCAUGACUACACCCCACCCCUGCACACACAGACACGCACACACACAUGCACACACACACACACACACACACACACAGAUACACACACGCCUGACCCGUGAAGUCACACAGACUGAAGCACCCCCACCCCUCUCCUCCCUCCACCACCUAAUCACCCCCACCCAGCUCAGCCAACUUCUUCACUGAGCAAGUGCACCCACUGGACCUGGAUCAGAUGUAAUCUAGUUGAAUAUUUUUUAUUGCUACUCUAGCCAUAAUGACUCUUUUAUUUUGUUAUUUAUUGCUCUGAUCAUUGUUUUUCCCCACUGUCACUUUCACCACUACAGAAAAAAAAAACAUCUCUUGUGUAUCGGACUUCAUUGACCAGCCAGUCCUUUUUUUUUAAAAAUCUCCUUUUUUAUGUCACCUUUUACGCACACCAUUCAUUUUACCCCCUCCGUCCGCCACCGUUAACCGAUGACUCGAUUAUCUGCUGACUUUUCAUCACCUUGGGGACGAUAAUGUGCACAAACGCGGAGAUUCAGUUUCCGACUCAGCGAUCAGCCGCAGAGGGUUGCAUCGCUUUGAUUCGUGUACAUACAGCAGUGACGACUGCUCUGGAUUAAGGUCAGUGGGAGCAGCGUUGACAGACCUUUUGAAACAGCCAAUCAGAGACCUGAACUACAAAAAAGCCACUUCAUGAACUACUAGAGUCGCAUUAGUUUCUCUGCAUGGGGACUAGCAGAAAUGAAAACUGUAGAUAAUUAUUAAGAAACGAACCCCUCGGUUAGGAAACUUUUUAAGCACUUUGGUGCCUCGUCAUGCUCUGCAAAAUGAAAUCAACACAGCUGAUUUGGUUCAAGGACAUAUAACCUUCAUACUGUUGUUGUCAUCGGAUUAUUUUCUCUCUAAAAGAAUGAAUAGGGAGGCCUGCGAAGACUUCAUGCACACACACUGCUCUCUGGUUGGCUGGAUUUAUCCGUCUGUCAGCGCUGGUCAUCGUCAGAAACACUCCCACCAACCUCCCACCCCGUUUUCAUCCCUUUACCUUUCUUCUAAAGCAUUGUACUGAAGCAGAGACACAUACCUGAGAACAUCUUCCUAUCUCCAAGCCCUCAACUGUUGAAAUCUUUUGGAGUAAGCUUGAGCGGUCAGUCCUGGUCAAACCUGGUCACCGCGAAAAUAACAGAGGUACUGUUAGGUCCGGUUUAUUUUCAGUGCAAUGCGAUUCUUUCGGUUCUAUUCUGUGCCAUGUGAUCUCACCUCAGCCAUCAUCUGAAUACGUUGAUGGGAAAACACCAAAAGCAGAUCAGCCAAGCAGCGACACCUCUCCGAUUACACACUCACCUUUACACACACACUUCCAAAAUGUCCACCCUCUCCUCCUCCUCCUCCUCCUCCUCUUCCUCCUCCUGGUGACACAGUCUAUAAACUGAUCUGUCCAUUAUUGAUGGGCUGUGGGGAUCAGCGGGGAGUGUUCUGACCCCGGAAAAAGGCACGACGAAGGCAGUGUGCACAGUGUUUUUCUUUUUCGUUAGUCCAGUUGCCUUUAAAGUGAACAACCCCCAGCGCCUUCACACAGUACAUAUUUAAUGUAUAAAAAAAUAAAAUAAGAGAGAGACAGAUAAAACUGAGAAAGCUUUCUAUUCUCCCUCCCUGUUUUUAGUGAAUACGUACUGUGAUAUUUACGUAGGCUACAGAGAUCAUGUUGUUUGGCUGCUGAUUUACUGUUAAUACUAUCUCUCAGUUGUGGCUUUGCUCAUGGUGACCCAAAACACCUCCCCCUACCCACUCCCAUUUCCUUUCCCACCCAUCAUAAACUCCCCGACUCCCUACAUUUGAACAGGGACGCCAACCUUUCGCUGUCCGCCACCUUCGUACGUACCACCGACUUUUUUCUAUCGUCACAAUGAGCGUUUGGCUUUCCUCGGCUCUUUGUUUGAGACCCUGUUUUCUCGCAGGGGGAAACACUCAGCCAUCGUCCACACUCUCACAUUGUAGACCCAUGUAUGGCAUCUUCUCGGUCCCUGUUUGGUGUGUGCUGUUUCGUGGAGAGAGGAGGCCGGUGUUAACCUGUCCUCCUCCUCCUCGAGGUGAGAAGCAGACACCAACAUGGACAUCAGGAGUCUGUCCUUGUCCUCUCCCUGGACGUUUUCUCAUUGUGGUGUAUAUUAGCAUUAGGUAAUAUAGACCUCAAUGCACUUUGCUUUGACUUGAAUCAGCUCCUUCCAGUGUACCUGUAUAGGUAAUACCCAGAACUAGCCACUGGAGGGCGCCAAUGUCUUAAAUGUGAAACACUUCAAUUUGUGGAUAUUUGCACAGGUACUUUAUUUAUUUUUUAGAAUAAUAUCAUUUAAAAAAAAACAGGAUUUAUAUCAGUCAGUGGAUGGCUGUAUAUAAAAUAUAUGAAUAUAGUAUAUAUCUUAGAGCUCAAGGUUUAUUUAUAGCUAGAGCAAGGGAAGUAAUUCUAGUUUAAAGCAGAUUCUGUCAGUGACAAUGGGGAACAAAAACCAACCUGCAAUCCUGCAUGACUUCAGAGUUUGGGUUUUAGGGGGGAAAAAAAAGAAACAUGACGCACAUCUAGGAUUGGAAGCUUUGUGAAAUGCCGAUGCGAUCGUUUUUAGACAUGAAUUAAUACAAAGAUAUGGUGCUAAAUGUAGCACCAGCCCCCCCACCACCCACCCACCCAGCCCCCUUUCACAAAAACAAACAGGAAGGCUUGGGUGAAAUACAGUGACUUCACUCCAACUUGUUUGCUACAGGUCCAGUAUCCUGAAGAGGGCUUCUUAGAAGUAUUUAGAUAUGCUAUGAAAUGUACCACAAACGUUACAGCGUGUAAGAAAAAAAAAAAAAAAAGUUUCCCACUUCACAUUUGUGGAAACUAAUUGUUUGGUUUCUAUUUUAACUUGAAUUUACACUGAUCCCAGUAAAAGUCCCUGACAUGUUGAAAGCCCUGGGUUGCAUUCAAGCCAUAGAAACGUUACGUCACUGUCUCCUGAUCGCAGAUAAUGAAUCAGGUUGUUUGCAAAGCAUUUCAGUGGAAAUUAUAAGCAAAACGGGCUUAAACAAAAAAAAAAAGAAAAGAAAAAAAAAAAGCAAAUAACUUUAGUGUAAAACAACUCUCACUCUUAGUGUAAGAUGGAUGAACAUUGUCUUAAGGUGGAAUCUACUGUGAAAAAUUCUUGAAAAGAGUUUUGUUGACCCGAGUGUUGAUUAAACACGCGUACGCCUGCUCAGAGACGGAGUGUCACUGGUCAGGCUUGGAUGAUGGAUGGACGGUGCAGUAUUAGGACCCGCAGGGGGCUCAGUAUUUAACACGCACUGUCGUUUCAAAGCUGAUUUUGGAAACAGUCGAUGUUAUAUGCAAAAAGAGACUGAAGAACACACGCACAGUUUGACCUGUAUGAGUAAUUUUACACUGUUGUACUGUUUAAUUCCUCCCCUCAGAAACAAACUGUAAACUGAGAUUGAGUGGUUGUGAUAUAUAAGGAGAACAUGGAGCUGAAGAUUAAUAAAAACUCACUGAUGUUGGCAUUUUUUGGUGUCUUGUUUUCAUAGUUACGACACAUAAUCUGAAUGCAGGUGAGUAUACGUGAAGACACAAAAGACCAAAGAUUCAUCGAGUUGUCUCAUGGGGCAAUUUUUUUUAUUGAGCAGUGUGAAAAGCUUCAAUAAUCAUUACUUUUUAUAACAAAAAGUAGGUGAUGCCACCUCUGCCAGGCGAGCCCGGCUCAGUGGAGGCUGAUCCCAGGAUGUUACCAACCAACUCUGGAGAACGUGAAAAACAAAAAGGGCAGAGAAAAGGGAAAAAAAAA